UCCAAGAGUUUGUAAACAUACAAGGAGAGAUUAAUUCGUCAUGAGGUCUCAACUAAAAAUAUUACUUUACUGAAUAUCUAUUCCAUAAUUAAUGGACAUUACAUGUCAUGCAUGCUGUUUACACUUGCGAGGAUUAAAUCAGACCGAAUAGAUACAUUUGCAAGGAUUAAACAUUUUGAAAAGAUUAUUUUUGUGCUGACUCGCGAGACGUUUGUUUUUCUACACACUAGACAGACACCAGACUCAAGCGCGCUCGAGCAGAAGCCUGGCGAGUCUUUUAAAGGCCGCAUAGACGUGAAUUUGGAGGGUGUGUUGUGCCCUGAAUUGUCAGCUUAAUGGGGAACUGUCUGUCUUCUCAAGGCGCUGAUGAUCUGUCCCUGUUGAACGAGUCCGAAGGGGCGAGUCUGCCCGGAGAGCCGCCGCCACCUUACCAGGAGCGAGUGCAGGUGCCAGUGUACCAUCCCACGCCUAGUCAGACGCGGUUGGCCACUCAGCUGACAGAGGAGGAGCAGGUCCGUAUCGCUCAACGGAUCGGGCUCAUCCAGCACCUUCCCCGUGGGAUCUUCGACCCGGGCUCUGAACCUUCUGACAAGAAGAUCAAAGAGUGUGUUAUUUGCAUGAUGGACUUUGAGUACGGCGACCCAAUCCGGUUCCUGCCCUGCAUGCACAUCUAUCACGUGGACUGCAUUGACGCCUGGCUCAUGCGCUCCUUCACUUGCCCUUCCUGCAUGGAGCCUGUGGACGCCGCGCUGCUGUCUUCCUACGAGACGAACUGAAAGUGCGUCCGAAUACUGAGGGACAUGCCAAUCUCAUCAGCCAAGAGCCCUGAGCCGCUUGGGACAGUAGAAUAAACAGUGAAGGUCGUGUGAGUGUGUGUCUGUGUUCACAGACCAGUAUUAAACUCGAGAGGCCCCAGAAGGGUUUAAAAAUUUUGUGACUUGCAUGUCAAAGCGCUUUUCAAACACAUAUAAGUGUAACUGAUGUGACAAUGAAGUUUAACAUAGUGGAAGAAAACACCAAAUCAUCUCUAAUGAAGAUAGAGAGUGUUUCUAUUGCCAAUUCAAAGCAGUUAAUUAGGAUGCAUUUUGGAUUAAAGGGAUAGUUCACCCAAAAAUGCUGCAGAAAAAAAUUAAGAUUUUUUUAUAGAAUAUCUCAGCUCUGAAUGUCCAUACAAUGCAACUGAAUGGUGUCCAGAACUUUGAAGCUCCAAAAAAACCAUAAAGUCAGCAUAAUAGUAAUCCAUACAACUUCGGUGGUUUAAUCCUUGUCUUCAGAAUUGAUAUGAUAGAUGCAGAUGAGAAACAGAUCAAUAUUAUGACCUUUUUUACUAUAAAUUCUCCUCCCUGCCCAGUAAAUGGCAACAUACAUUAAGAAUAAGAAAAUUGCCAAAAACAAAAAGAGAAAAUAGUGAAGAUUGAUAGUAAAAAAAAGACUUAAAAUAUUGAUCUGGUUUUCACCCACACUUAUAUCGCUUCUGAAGACGUGGAUUAAAUCACUGGCGCUUGAUGGAUUUAUUUUAUGCUGCCUUUGUGUGCUUUUUGGAGCUUCAAAGUUUUGGUCACCAUUCACUUGCAUUGAAUGGAUCUUUUUUUGGAUGAACUGUUCCUUUAAACAAAUUCAUUGUGUUUGCUUUUUCCUUUUUGUUCCAACCAAGUUCACCAAAUGUGCAAGACUAACAAGAGGGACUUGCACCCCUCUCUUUGGACGUGAAACUUGCCCAUCACAAAACAAUUUGCCAAAUGAGGUUGUCCUGGUCUGAGUUUGGUGGGUGGAGUUUCUUUGGCUGUGAAUGUGCCUUUGAUGGCUCAGUAUUAAAAUCCUGGAAAAAAAACCUUUCCAUUAGAUGAGAAACACCUAAUGAAAAUACUUAAUUUACAAGAAAACAUGUGCGAUGUCAAUGUUUUCGUUCUUUCCUCUUUUCGUCUGAUAGUUUUACUUAUUUUUUCCUUUAAGAGUCCAAAUAUGAUAUAUUAUUGUCUCUGUUUUCUUUCGCUGAUCACUACAGAAGGAUGUGUCCACAUCUAAAAAGCUUCCAAAAAAUGCAAGUGUAAUGUAGCGUGUCGUUUUGUGUUUAGUCAUGUUUGAGGUGGUUUAGUGGUAGACUCUGGGUUUUGCCUCGUCAGCUGCUGUUUUCCAGGUGCUGGGGUGAAAGUUGAGUUUAUACUGGUUUUGGAUCAUUUGUGUCCCCAAAUGCUGGUUUUUGCUGUUACUUGUUGGAUCCUGUAAGUACCCUCUUUGCUUUGCCUUGACCUUGUGGUCUAUUUGGAUUGAUCUGUGGGGGCUGUGUUUAUAGUUUCUUGUUUUAUUGGUGAUUUAAUUUUAUUUCUGAAAAGUAUAAUAAUGAUACAAUCACUAAACUGUGUGCACCUUUCAAAUUCUGUCGACUAAUUGAAAGCCGACAUUGACAGUGGAAGCUUUAAAGCUAUUCCUUGUUUUUCUCAUUUACUUAACUGAUUAGAGUAAACGUGUUUGAACUAAGCAAGAAAAAAUUGACUUAAAGUGAGUAAAUGCUUCAGUUUUGAUACUGCUUGUAGUGUCUUUUCUAUAUGUUCAAUGAAAACAUUUGACUUGUGAAAUGUGUCAGUUUGAACUACCUAUGCUAAAAAGAAGGUUUUACGUUCGUUGUUUUGUUCGUUCAUUUUCUGGGCUGGGUUAAUAAUGUUAAUUGGAUUGAACUUUGUGAAAGAUAUAGUUCACCCAAAAAUCAAGAUCUCAUAAUUUACUCACCCUCAUGCAUCCUAGACUUUCUUCUGCUAAACAAAAAUUAUGAUUUUUAGAAUAAAAUUUCAUCUUUGUUGGUCCAUACAAUGCAAGUGAAUGGUGACUAGAACUUUGAAGCUCCAAAAGCACACGAAGGCAGCAUAAAAGUAGACCACACAACUCCAGUGGUUUAAUCCAUGUCUUCAGAAGCGAUGUGAUAGGUAUUGGUAAUUUUUUCCCCUCAUAAUUCUACUCCCUUUCCAGUUGGUGGCGAUAUGCAUGAAGAAUAUAAAUCGGCAACAACAAAAAAGAACGUGAAAGUGGAGAUUUACUGUUAAAAAAAAAAGUACUCACCCACAUUUCUCACUUAUAUCGCUUCUGAGGACAUGGAUUAAACCACUGGUGUCAUAUGGAUUACUUUUAUGCUGCCUUUAUGUGCUUUUUGGAGCUUUAGCAUUUUGGUCACCAUUCACUUGUAUUGUAUGGAGCUACUGAGCUGAAAUAUUCUUCUAAAAAUCUUCAUUUGUGUUCUGGAGAAGAAAGAAAGUCAUACACAUCUGGGAUGGCAUGAGGGUGAGAUAAUGAUAAGAGAUUUUAUAUUUUUGGUUGAACUGUUCCUUUAAGAGCUCCAUGUUUAGACUCCUUCUGCAUUCUCAAAUGUGGUGCAUUCUACAUAAGUAUACAUUUUCCUCUGUAUCUCUGUACUGGGCAAUUGAACUUAAAAUGUGAAUUAUUGCCUGGAGCAGCAUAUGAUGAUUUAAUUUAUUUGUUUUCCCCAAUGAUCUGUUAUUGGUCUAGAAUUGAAAUGUAGCUCUAGCACAAAUAAUAAAUAAAUGAUAAUUCUAUAAACUCUUGUGAAGUACAAUCAUCACAACGUUUGAUAAAUGUUUUGUUUCAAAUUAAAAAUAAUUAAAUUUCAAAUAAAGUUGAUUGUCAGUGCCAUAUAAGUGUACGUUUGCCAAAAAAAAAAAAAAGAAAGAAAUAUAAAUAACCGUGAAAAGAAUUCCUGGGUAAUCAGACAUACUAUUAAAAGUCUGUGUUUAAAGGAUAAUAACUCAAUAAAGAUUGCCGAAUUCUUCCA